CAAUGGGAAUCUCCCGUAAAUUCUUCAUUCUACUUCUUUUUCUCUUUAUCCCAUUCUAUCCCAAUUCAUGAUUUCCCCUGUCUUUAGUCGCUGUCCUAGACAAUCACUCCGACCUGUCCUCUCUGCUUUUACGAUCUUCAAUCGAGCGCGCAUUUCCUCGGUUUCAUUGUUAAUCUUUGGAAAACGUCACUUCGCAAUGCCACCGAAAAGAACGACAAAGCAGAAAGCUACGAGCGAUGACGAGAUCGAAGAAACAUCCACGAAAAGAGCCAAGCUAGGAAAUGGUUCUCUGGGCCAUUUACAUAAGCCUCAUCACUUUGCAGCCGAGGCUGAAGAGCACGGAAUUGUUCUACGCAAGUAUUACCCUCAUGAGAUGAGCAAUGACCGUGCUCAAGCCUACAACAAUAAUGGGAUUCCUCGUCCUAUUGAGCAACUCGAAGCCGCGUUGGAAGAAACCGCAUCUGAACGCCGAAACGUAAAAGUGAAGGAGGCUGUAAUACAUUGGUUCAAGACAGAUUUGCGGACGACGGAUAACCGAGCACUGUGGGAAGCGAGCCAGAAGGCCCGAGAAGCUGACGUACCUUUAAUAUGUAUUUACAUAGUAAGCCCCGAAGAUUUCGAGGCACAUUUGACGGCUCCGAUACGUGUUGAUUAUGUCAUGCGUACACUGCGAAUUUUAAAAGAAGAUCUCGAAGCCCUCGACAUCCCUCUCUAUGUGGAAACCGUUGGAAAGCGAAGGGAUAUACCUGAGCGCAUCACGGACUUUAUGGAAGAAUGGGGUGCAAGCCAUUUAUAUGCUAAUAUCGAGUACGAGGUUGACGAACUAAGGAGGGAGGCAAAGAUGGUUAGACUAUGUGCUGAAAAGGGGUUGGUCAUGAAUGCCUUCCACGAUUCAUGCAUCGUCCCACCAGGAAACUUACAUACAGGCGCUGGGAAGCAGUACGCUGUUUAUUCGCCGUGGUUCAGGGCCUGGGUAGCACACAUCCACUCAAACCAGGAGCUUCUUAGUCAAUUCGACUCGCCGGCAAAGAAUUCAUCAGCUGCAAGAGAGAAAGUGGCUGCGCUGUUUGACUGCGAAAUACCAGAAGCUCCAGAGAAUAAAAGGUUACCUGAGGAAGAAGCGAAAAGAUACCACGCCACUUGGCCUGCUGGAGAACACGAAGCUAUGGAUAGGCUUGAUAAAUUCUGCGAAGUGAAAAUUGCCCAGUAUAGCAAGAAUCGUAACUUCCCCUCCAAAGCAGCAACGUCUUCGAUAUCGGUCCACCUGGCAGCUGGUACGCUGAGUGCUCGGACAGCAGUGCGGACAGCAAGAGAUAGGAACAAGACGAAGAAACUGGACGCUGGUGUGGAAGGGAUUCAGUCCUGGAUAAGCGAAGUUGCCUGGCGAGACUUCUACAAACACGUCUUGGUCCAUUGGCCUUAUGUCUGUAUGAAUAAGCCGUUCAAGCCUGAGUAUUCAAACAUAGAGUGGUCGUACAACUCGGCGCAUUUCGAUGCAUGGUGCAAUGGGAAAACGGGUUUCCCAAUCGUCGAUGCCGCGAUGAGACAGUUGCGAAACAUGGGGUGGAUGCACAAUCGGUGUCGAAUGGUCGUUGCAUCGUUCCUUUGCAAGGACCUGCUUCUCGACUGGCGCAUGGGAGAGAAGUUCUUCAUGGAGAAUCUAAUCGACGGCGACUUUGCAUCUAAUAAUGGCGGUUGGGGUUUUAGUGCCUCCGUCGGCGUAGACCCUCAACCGUACUUCCGGAUCUUCAACCCGCUGCUCCAAAGCGAGAAGUUCGACGCGGAUGGAGAUUAUAUCAGGAAGUGGAUUCCGGAGCUCGCCCAGAUCAAGGGCAAAGCCAUCCACGACCCGUAUGGUAGGGGUGCUGCGUCACAGGCGAAAAAGGCUGGCUACCCGGAGCCGAUUGUGGUUCAUAAGGAGAGUAGGGAACGUGCUUUGAAUAUGUAUAAAUCUGGUCUUGAACGGGAUAGACCGUGAAACUUAGGUUCACUUAGAUCUGUGACAUCUAUGGAAUAUCAUCUGCUUGUAUAUAUGCUAUUGGGACAAUACAAGAGAUUUUGGGGUUAAGGGUGCUGUACCUGAAUGCGUAGGAGGGAUGGUGACUCUAUACCUAGGUACUUAGGUAUCCGAAUGUGUGGACUUCAUGUUGGGCUUUGUACUGGACAUCAGGUUUCGAGGACCUAUCGUACUUCUUCAACUCUGGAGCACAUUUUUCAAGGAUGGACCUCAAAGUUACGCCUAUGUUAUGAAGCUGAAGAUAGUAGUAAGAAGACUGCUGGUAAAUAUUGAUAUAUUGGUAUGGAAUGUUCACUGUGGAUAAUGAUACAUAACCCUCUCUGUCUUCGU